CACCCAGUUCAGGCCGCUUCUCCUCUCCGCUCAGAGUUACCAGCUGUCGGCUCAACACAGAGACCCAAACUUUGCUGCUAAAGUUGUUUUUUCGGUUCCGUUUCCAGCCGCAGACAUGGCGCACAUCAACAGCUGCCUAAAGCGGACCUUCAUUGGCUUUAAUCUGCUGUUCGCGGUUAUCGGGUUACUGAUCAUCGGCCUUACCAUGUUGUGUCAGAUCUACACCAGCGCCGAAGAAGAAGAAAGCAUGGAGAAUCGGACUACUGGCCUCAUCGGGCUCUACAUCAUGGGGGCCGUCACCAUGAUGCUGGGCCUCCUGGGAGCCUACGGAGCUUACAGGGAGCACAAAGUGUCUCUGAUCGUGUUUUUGGUCUGCAUGAUCAUUGGAGCUUUGGUGAUGAUCCGAGGAGGAAUCCCCACUGCCAUCACACGUCCUCAGAUAGAGGGAAUGCUGGAGCAAAAGUUCAGGGAGUUUCUGCCUCUCAACUCCGCGUCGUUCCAGGUGAAGAACAUGGCCGACACCCUGCAGACUAAGAUGCACUGCUGCGGCCUGUUCAGCUACACGGACUGGAACGGCGACAUCCCCGCCUCGUGCCUGUGCUCCAUGGAGGAGGAGGAGGAAGGAUACGAGUGCAAGAGAAUCAGCUACAACUAUCUCAUGCAGGCCAUGAACAUCUACAGCAAGCCUUGCUUCCCCAUCCUCAUUCGUUACGUCCUGCUGUUCGCUGACGUCAUGCUCGGAGUCUUCUUCACCCUGGCUGCCCUGGCGGUCCUCGGCAUGAUCCUGUCCUCCAUCAUGAUCCACCAGCUGCGUCAUCCCAACAGAGCCCCCCUCAUCCUGGGCAUUCACACCAUCUUCACUCCAGGACCCCCCAAGUACGAGGAGCUGCACAACCCUCCUCCCCCCUACUAGAGGAGCGGCGGCGCUCUCCUGGCGCCGUGUUGCAGGACCUUCUGCUUUUUUCUGCUGUGUUUCUGGUCCGGUUCCAGGACCGCACCCAAGUGCCUUUUGGUUCCUGUGAGGAACCCGCGGGGGGAGAAACUUUCCAGAGGCGACUCUGGAGCGUCCCUGAGAGGAUAUUACUUUAAACCACAUGUUUUUUUUUAAAGAUGCAUUCUGAAUAUUUGGGGAAGCAUAAAUCUCUGGGAGAUUUUUAAGAAAUAUUAGCUGAAAUGUUUACGAUACUUCCUGUUUUUUUUUUUCUGACUCAUAAAACAAAAGAGGUCUUUAAAUAAAUAAUAUAAUAAUGUUCAUGUUCAGCUUAUUGGGGGGGAAGUUAAAUAAAAGCACUGAAGACUGUUCCUCACAGUGAAGUUUAUGGCCAGCAGCUGUUGCCUGAUUUAUUGCUCACUUAUUAAACACUUUUUAUCAGUUAACUAUAAACUUGACAAACAAAAAGCCACUUUCCUUUGCACCCUUUCAACCUACAGCUGGAGCUGUUAGAUUAGGAUUUUUUUUUUCUUAAUAGAAACUUAAAUAACUGAAAUGCUUUGAAUGUGCCAGUUUGUUUCUGUUCUGUUAAUCAUUUCCUGGGAACUGAUUUUUACUCGAGCUUAAAAGGGAAAUAAAAAGAAUAAAAUAAAA